AUGGCCUUCAAAUUCUCCCUAGGCGCCGCGAAAGCCAACAAGGCGCAAUUGAACGCCAAAGCGAAGGAGGAAGAGGAAGCGAAGGCGCGCGAGGAGAAGAAUGCGCUCGACAAGGUCAUGGCCGAUUUCGAGGAGGAGCAUGGAGCGGAAAAGAGUAUACUGGGCGAGGUUGAGCAGCAGGAAGAGGAUGAUGUCUUUGUUCCGACAGGAAGCAAGAGACAUUUCACAGGCAGGCAGCGGACGAUGAAGAGCGGGCCCGGCACCCUCGAAACGGAGCCUCUCGAUGGCUACAACAGACCAGGCGCACCGCCAGGACGUCUUGCGCCACAAAUACAAUCACGAUUCGGAGGAGCAGUACCUACAGGUCCAGCCGCACUCGAUGGCCCGAAGCAGACGGAGAACUUCUACACCACCGUCGUAGCGAAAGCGUCGAACCUCCCGCCCGAAAUAGACCCGCGACGCGUCGAAGAGCUGUUCGCCGAUUUCCCCUCACUCAAGAUCGCGCGGGUCGACAGAAUACCACAAGGCUCGAGGGUGGAGGGCAGGCCUUCAGCGACGAUGAACAUCACCUUUGACAAGGAUGCCAACGCGAGGGACCUCGACGCUGCGAUGAACAAACUUAACGAUAAGAAGUAUCUGGGCAAAGGCUACUAUCUACAUCUGGACAGAUAUCUGGGCAGUCGCACAGCAGACACAACACAACAGACAAAGGCAUUCGGCGCACGGUGGCAGGCACCCGAGCUACCCAAGGGCUUUGCGCCGCCACCAGAUCUUGGUGGAGGGGGAGGAGGUAGAGGGCCGCGCGAGAAUGCGGAGGAUCUCAUCAUCACUGCGAACCAGCCUCCCGAUCUCGCGACACUCAGAUUGGUACAUCAGACUAUUGAAGGCGUCAUUCUUGGUGGUGUAGAGUUCGAAGCGGCCUUGAUGAACGAGCCGCAAGUACAAGAAGAGGAGCGCUUCGCAUGGCUCUACGAUCAGAAGCACCCCGUCAACCGGUACUACCGUUGGCGUCUCCACCAAAUCGUCACCAACAGCACCGAUUCCGAAAUCUUUGCUGGGCAGGGCGCCUGGAAAGGCCCCGUCGAUCCGCUCCGGCACGAGUUUGUCGACCACGUUGGCGCUUUCGAAUCGGACGACGAGAGUCUAGAUAGCGAUGACGAGGAGGAGAAGGAGAAGCCAAUAUUCAAGCCCCUACCAGUUGGCGACAACUAUCCCGGCCGCGUGGACAACGGACACGGCAUCAUGAACCCCAGAUCACGAGCGAUGCUCCUGUGGAUGAUCAACGCAAUCCCACCCGGCAGCAUCGUCUACGACGACCUCGCCGCCAUCUCAACUUUUGCCGUCGAACACGCAGCCCAGGGCAUGGACGAAGUAACCAGCAUCCUCGUCUCCAACAUCAUCAACCCCUUCCAACUCACCGACGCCAACACACGGAAUCGUGCCGGCGACGCGGCAGGUAAAGACGACAUCCGGCGUCCGGACCUCCGCCAAGUAACCCUAAACGCCCUGCGCAUCGUCUCCGACGUCCUGCUCGUCACUGCCAAAGAAUCGGGCGUCUCCUACAAAUACCGGCUAGCCAUCGGAACGGAGCUUGUCGAACGCAAAGUCUUUGAACACUUGGAGCAGUUGCCUGCGAGGCUGGAGAUGGGGCGGAUGACUGAGAGGACGUAUAGGGAGGAUAUUAAUGCGAUUUUGGCGGUGUGGACGGGGGAUCAUUUGUUUGAUGAGAAGACGUUGAAGGAGUUGGAUGAUGCGUUUAAUAGGAGGGAGAGGGAGAGGGAGGAGGGGGAGGUGCAGAGAAGGGCGGCGGAGAAGAGGAGGAGGAAGGGGGUGGUUGUUAGGAAACCUUUUAAUCCUGAGGCGAAAGAGGAGGAUGAGCAGGGUAUGGAUCUUGAUGAGGAUGCUAAGGAUGGGGCGAGAUCGCCUUCUCCUACUGCGAGUCAGAUGGGGGAACCGGAGCCUGAGCGACCUGUUGCUGACGCGGAGGCUGAGGCUGUGGUCAAAGAUGAAGUCGUCGUCCCGGAGGUUGUGGUGCCUGCAGAUCCGCCAAAGGUCGUUGAGAUUCCGGGGGAGACGGCUGUGGCGAGGGCAAGGCGGUUAAGACCGAAGGCUGAGGAUAUGUUUGCUUUGGAUGAGGAGGAUUAG